AUAUAUGAAAAAUUAUAUAAAUUUUAUGAUGAAAAAGAAAGAAUAAUAGUUGUCUGCUCAUUAUUAAUUGAUCACAUAUUUAUAUACUCUAUGGGUAUCAUUUUAUUUAGUUCUUCAUAUCAAGUUAAUUAAUAAUAAUUAUGUAACCAAACAUGAAACAAACUAGCAUUCAAUAGGGACCAUUAUUGGUACGCAAAAGAUAAGUUAAUGGUAGAUCAAAGGAAAACAAACAUCUACAUUUAUAUUGAUUCAAUCAAUUCAAAGAAACAUGGCUAUAGUUCAUCUCAUCCAAACAAGAAAGGAGAUUAGCUCAUAAGGGAUGAAGAGACAAAUGAAGAAGAAGAAGAAGACGACAUGGAAGAGGAAUAGGAAAUCUCGAAGAAAGAACAAUGGGAUAGCAGUGCGGAGGUCAUAGCUCCGCAAGUGUUAUCAAGGUUCCAAAGUCUAUUAGUCGUAAAUUAGUCUGAGCAGUGGUGUUUGUUUGGUUGAUGUAGCAAUUUUGAGAAAAAACAAGAAACAUUUAAGUAUGAUGGCAUAUUUCAAAAUUUAAAAGGUUUCAAUGGUAUUUUGUUAUCAAUUUCGACAUUCGGGAAUUUAAGUGUCGAUUAUCUGAUUAACCGGCCAGGUAACCAGUAAUCGAUUACUCAGUUACCCGUUAAUUCUCGUCAGUAAUCGAUUCUAUUAUUGAUAAGCCAUAAAGUAGUUAACCGAUAAUUGAGUAACCAAUAUUGAUUGGACCAUAACCAAACCACAUAUCCCUCAUGUCUGGUUUGAUUCAAUUUCCUUGCGAAACUAAUGCUUCACAUUUGUACCCAUAUAAUCCUUGAUGAUAAUAUUACUGUUGGUUUGCGCAAGAAUAAGUUAAUGGGUGUUGGAGCCGACUAGUAAAUUCAUUUUUAAAAAUUAAUUAAUAGAUCAAUUGGUUCUAUGUUAAACUGAUCGAGUUUUGAGGAUUAUAUCGCAAAACGCUAUUGAGUUCCAUAGAAGCUGCGAAAUUCAUUAUGAGGGCUCAAGUUAGGGUGCAUAACUAAACCUGGACCUUACUUUUUAAGUGGGUUCAGAAAAUUCAGAUCUAAGAGUGGAGAAUUAAAGACAUUUUAUUUUCUUUAUUUUUCUUAAUCAGCUCUUAUCUUCUUUGUUCUAACUUGGAUUUUAAUUUUUUUUUGCACAGAUGGAACGAGUUUGUUGUGCUCUACAAAAUUAUAUAUGUUUUCAAUAUUUUUUAAGAAAUAUUUUUUCAUACCUCUCGUUACCAACUCCAUACCGUAUGACAUCUCCUUCGUUUUGAAGUCGUUUUUGAAUAUAUUUGCACAGAAGGAACGAGUUCAUCAUGAUCUAUUUGGAUCUAAAAAUUUAUGGGUGAAAAAACACCCAAGUGCCUAAGAAGUCUAGCUUCCUAUUGGACCAAAAGGGGAUUUCCACCCUCUAGGUCAAUUUUACCCAAUAUUGAGUUAAAGCUAGCACACUCAAUCAUUCAUGAAUAAAACCUCAAAUAUCAUAUACAACACUCAAACAACACCAUAGGUUCAUGCUCUUACAUCCUAACACAUAGAAAGACUAGGGUUCACAAUACCCAAGUGAGUAGGUAGGCUAUUCCAUAGCUAGACAAAGGAAAACAACAAAAAGGGAAGAAAGAACCAUUAAGUGAUGCCAAUCCUUCCUCUUUGUUGCUUGAGACACCCUUGAGAUAAAGAAAUCUUCAAUCCUCUAGCGAGGAACAAGCCCAAAGCUCCUUCUUCCUCCUUGAUUUGCACUUUCUCACUCUAAAAGUAACCCUAACCUCUCACUAGAAUCCUCUUUAUUCUGAAAAUGAAAACCUAACCUAAAAAUGAAGCUCCCCUCUUCUUCCUUUCAGCUGACAUUUUAUACUGAGAUCGAGCUCAGUUCACGACUGUGAACUCUUCAACGUGUCCGUGAACUCGGAGUGUUGUAUCGAAACGCAACGCUUCACUCACUUGAGUUCACGGUUUGCACUCAAAGUUCACGGUCUUGGUGACCGUGAACUCACUCUGUGUCAGUAACCUCUGAAUUUGCCUAGACUCUUUGUGGUUCACGGUUGGCUCCAGUUCACGGCCUUAGGAGACCAUGAACUCCAAUGGGAAACCGUGAACAUGGCCUAUCACUCCCUUUGCCCGGUCUUUGCUCCUUUUCUUCCAACUUUUGACUCCAGGGCUGGUUUCACCUGUUAGAUCCUAAAACACACAAAACCUAGCGUAAAACCACCCUUUUAGAAGCACAAAUGCCAUAAACGCCCAAGGGAAACAGGGUAAAAUGUGUACAAUUAGGCCCGAAUAAAGCAUUCUCUUCAUUCCCUAUUGUUUGCUAUGAGUAGUUUUGAUGGCAUGAUGAACGAUUGAGUUAAUGUAACUGCGCUUCUUAGUGCUGGCUACUUAGCUAACAAAGGACGCGACUUUCCUUUUGGUACCCACCUAAUCGAUGUUUUAUAUUGAGUUUAGUCACUGUCUUUUUUUAAUGUAAUUGGAAUCAUCCAAGAAUGACUUUUACUUAUACGAAUUGGCACGCCUAUGGUGUCUGUCUUCCUACAAAAAAAUUGCAUGUAUGAGUUAUUUUUACAUGUCAUGUGGAAACUGAGGCAAGGAGAACGAAGAGGUUUUAGAUGCAGCCUCCAAAGAUAAUGGAAUAUAGAUGAGUUAUGUUCACACGUCAUGACGAGCAUAUUGAUUAUUUACUCUUCCUAAUACUCUCUACGUACCAAAGUUGGUGCCUAAUUUGGUCUUAGUUGGGCAGUUGGCUGAAGAGGAGUGUAAGGUUACUUUUAAUUCAUGUGGAUGUGUUGUGCAGGAUCAGAUGACAGGGAAGGUAAUAGGGACGGGAAGUAAGCAAGGUUGACUUUUCGUGUUGAAUCAAUAUGAGAAGUCAACUGGGAGUUAUGGUGUGCGGCUGUCGUAGGAUUUGACACGAUAAGAGGGUGUUGGAGAAAUAUUGUGGAGUAGUUGUACUGGGAUCAUGGGAUGUUCUAUUAAACCAUUGAAUUUUUCUGUUAAGGGUACUAUUUGGGAAUUAUGGCAUUGUCGGUUGGGUCAUCCUCAUACUGCUCGAUUAUACAGUAUGUUCCGGAAUAAUUUAUUACCAGAUUCAUAUGGAUUCAUCGAUUUCUAUGCAUCAUUCUACUUGUGUUAGCUGUAUUGAAGCUAAGGCUUCUCAAUCCUCUUUCUCUUUGAGUACUACAACAUAUGAGUCUCCAUUCGACCUAGUUCAUACAGAUUUGUGGGGACCAUCUCCUAUUAUUUCUCGUCUGGGCUAUCGCUACUUUGCCUUGUUUAUUGAUCAUGCUACGCGAUAUAUAUGGAUUUAUUUUCUGCGUCAGAAAUCAGAACUAAUAACUUAUGCAUGGGAAUUUAUCCGGAUGAUCCAUACUCGGUUUAAAACCACUGUGAAGGUCAUUAGAUAUGAUCUUGGAGAGGAAUUCAGCACGAAUAAACUACUGGAUUGUUAUAUAAGUCACAGGGUAUUAUGUUUCAACAGUUUUGCCCGGGAGUCUCACGACAUAAUGGGCUGGUGGAACGCAAGCACAGACACAUCCUUGAAUUAACUCGAGCCUUGUUGUUUCACUCGCAUGUUCCUCACAAUUUAUGGGUCGAGGCGAUCAACACAGUUACUUGAUAAAUCGUUAGCCUUCCUUGACAAUAGAGAACCAUUGGCUGUAUUACCUUUUCUAUCAUAAGCAACCGGAUUACUCAUUCUUGCGCGUCUUCGGCUGUGUUUGUUUUGUCUUACUUCCCAAAAAAGAGCAGAACAAACUCGAUCCGAAGACAGCUAAGUGUGUCUUCGUGGGGUACAACAAAAAACAUAAAGGUUAUCUUUGCUAUGAUACGGCUGCUCGGCGAAUACGAAUCUCCUGUCAUGUCGUUUUCUUGGAGCAGGUUAUGCAUUAUCCCGUGGAAAAGCAAACUAGUGAUAACUCUCUUGCUUUCCUUGAGAGCUUACGUGCCUUUGAUCAUGUUCCCAUUCCCGCAGCUGUUGGCCCACAUGAUGAUCCCUCUACUACUCAUUAUGGAACCUCACCUCCUGGCACUCCUUCUAUUGGGCCACCUCCAAAGCUUCCUCAUCCCAUUCCUCUUCAGAGCCAACCGAGAACACAUCCCCCUCUUCUACUUCCUCUCGGCAGUCUUCAUAUGCGGGGUCUGCCUGUUCACAUUCCAGCAGUACCAUGCCAUCUUCAUCAGGGCAUUCAUCGCAUGAUGCGAUGGAAAUUUCCCCUCCUCCAUUACCUGCUCCCAGGCGAUCCCAAUAAAGCACGCGUGGCCAACUGCCAAGCAAGCUACUGGAUUAUGAUUGUGUGGGUUACUCCACUGAGUCUAUCCUUAUUCCUAAACAUUAUCGAGAGGUGAAGGAUGAUCCCAACUGGAAUGCGGCCAUGGAUGAAGAGUUUUAUGCGUUGGAAGCUACUCAUACAUGGGAUCUCGUUCCUCAUUGCCCAAAGAUAUCUGUAAUUGGAAGUCAAUGGGUUUAUGCUCUAAAAAUCAAGCACGAUGGUGCUAUUGAGCGAUUUAAGGCUCGAGUUGUAGCCCAAGGUUUUUGGCAAGAAUUCGGGAUAGAUUAUGACGAAACGUUUGCUCCGGUGGCCAAAAUGCAAACGGUUCGUAGUGUUCUUGCUGUGGCAGCCAGUAAAUCAUGGUCUCUUCAUCAACUGGAUGUCAAGAAUGCGUUCCUGCUAGGGAUGGCAAUUUCGACCUGACCUGUUUGACCUGUUUUGGGGCGGGUACGACCCGCCCCGUAGGCGGGGCGGGGCGGGCAUGGGUACUCUCAUCGACCCGACCUGCCCUGAUCCGCCCCAUUCUCGACCCAUUCUUGCCUAUUGGGUCGACCUGCCCCGACCUGUGACCCGUGAUAAAUUACCCGACCUGGACCCGACUUGCCAUGGGGCGGGCGUUGUAUGGGUUGAACAAGCGUCUAGGGUGUGGUUUGAGAAAUUCCAUAGCACUAUUCUGCAGGCUGGUUUUACACAUAUUCACAUUGACCCUUCUUUAUUCACGCGACAGACAAUUUCGGGCAUUACAGUUAUGUUGAUUUAUGUCGGUGACAUGAUUGUUACAGGAGAUGACCAGGACAAUAUUCAUUAACUAACUAAACAUCUCCAUACGGUUUUCAAUAUCAAAUAAUUAGGUUAUGUAUCU